AUGGGUGAUGGUUCAACGAUGAUGGUAGUUAUGGCCAGGGAAGGAGGAAGAAGCGACGACGAUUAUUGUGGGGAGCGGUGGGAGGCGUUUGGUGGUCAAGGCGAUGACAUGGUGGUGAUGGAGCCGACAGGGCUUUUAGAGUGGCUAAGGGUAGACAGAGUCGUUUGCGGUUUGGACCAUGGGAUGGGGAGGUACCAGGGUACCGCCGGGAAACCUUACCUGAACAUGCGGCUUCACCGGUUUCAACAUUUUAAUGCACUUAAAUGGUUUCACGAACCCACUGCACCCACUGCACUUUUGACUCUUCCAGAAGAAAAUCAGAGUUAUAAUCCAUGGAAUCGGUUUUCUCAAAGAGUUCCAGAAACCCAAUUCCAAUCUUCUCAACCCGAUAAUUUCCAGUUUCGUGAUGCUCAGAAUGAAGAAUCUGAAAGUUUUAGUGACGACCCGACUCCUGAAAGAAACGAAGAAGAAACCAGCGAGGAGUUGCAACCCGUUGCUGAGGAGAAAAACACAACUAUACCACACCGCCAGAAGCAAAAGAUUUGGGUGGUGGAAAGCGGAGAGUUGGCUUUGGCUAGGGCAUAUGUCGAUGUUUCUAAAGAUAAACAACGCGGAAAUCAACAAAGGUUUGAUGCAUUUUGGGAGAGGGUUCUAGAGCAUUGUAAUGUUCAAAUGGGAGGUUCGGAUCAGUCACGACACCAAGUAAACUCAAAAUGGAAAGACCUCCAAAAGAAAUGUAAUGCUUUCAACGGUAUCUAUAAUCGUAAGAUGAGCAGUGCGGCUAGUGGGAGAUCUGAGGUUGAUGUUUUACAAUCUUCACUAAGCGAGUAUCGGAGGACUAUUAACCAGAAAGAGAAAACGAAAAGCAAGAAAGCGGCAUCGACAUCAUCAACAGAAAAUGAAAUGUUUGAUCUCGUCAAACAAAUUGUCGGCAUCAAGACUACAACCGAAACAGAGGCAGAACAGAGACAACGGUACCGGGAACAAAAGUUGUGCAUUCUCGAAGCUAAUGAAGAACGAAAAGCUCAACUGUUGGAUCGGGAGUAUAGAGAACCAAGAUAUGGAGUAUUUUUCCGGCGCGAUGCUCAUUUGACUGGAGGUAUUUUGCACACGGUGCUUGAAAGGAAACGACAAAUUGCAACUAAGCAUGGUUGGGAGUUGGAGGACCCGUGA